CUCCGGGUGUGGGGCGGGCUGGCGGGCGCUGCGGCGGCCGCGGCGGCUGCUUCCUCGGGCCAUUUUGCAGAGGAGCGACGGGGAGGAGGAGCGGCUGAGGAGACCCACGGCGAGGAGCGGCGAGCCAGAGGAGGCAGCGGCCGCGCGCGUGCCGGGCUUUGCUCGAUCGCGGGGAUCUCAAGGGGCGAGGGGACCGCCGGGGAGGGGGACCCGAGAGCCGCGCCUGCCGCGCGGCGCGCCCCUUCCCGCCCCCUGCACCAUGAGCUGGGGCACCGAGCUCUGGGACCAAUUUGACAACUUAGAAAAACACACACAGUGGGGAAUUGACAUUCUUGAGAAAUACAUCAAAUUUGUAAAGGAAAGGACAGAGAUUGAACUCAGCUAUGCAAAGCAGCUCAGGAACCUCGCAAAGAAAUACCAACCUAAAAAGAACUCGAAGGAGGAAGAAGAAUACAGGUAUACGGCUUGUAAAGCCUUCCUUUCCACCCUGAAUGAAAUGAAUGAUUACGCUGGGCAGCAUGAAGUUAUCUCCGAGAACAUGACCUCGAACAUCACUGUGGAGUUAGCCCGCUACGUCCAGGAGCUGAAGCAGGAGAGGAAAUCGUACUUUCACGACGGGCGGAAGGCACAGCAGCACAUAGAGAUCUGCUGGAAACAACUCGAAUCAAGUAAAAGACGCUUUGAACGUGACUGCAAAGAGGCAGACAGGGCGCAGCAGUACUUCGAGAAGAUGGACGCUGACAUCAAUGUCACCAAAGCAGAUGUGGAAAAGGCGCGACAGCAGGCUCAAGUACGACACCAGAUGGCAGAGGACAGCAAAGCUGAUUACUCAUCCAUCCUCCAGAAGUUCAACCACGAGCAGCACGAGUAUUACUAUACUCACAUCCCCAACAUAUUUCAGAAAAUACAGGAGAUGGAGGAGAGGAGGAUAGUAAGGAUCGGGGAGUCGAUGAAGACGUACGCGGAGGUCGAUCGGCAGGUGAUCCCCAUCAUUGGGAAGUGCUUGGAUGAAAUCGUGAAGGCAGCAGAGUCCAUCGAUCAGAAGAACGAUUCCCAACUGGUAAUAGAAGCUUAUAAGUCCGGGUUUGAGCCUCCCGGGGACAUCGAAUUUGAGGAUUACACCCAGCCGAUGAAACGCACUGUGUCGGAUAACAGCCUCUCGAAUUCCCGAGGAGAAGGCAAACCAGAGCUCAAGUUUGGUGGCAAAUCCAAAGGAAAGCUAUGGCCUUUCAUCAAAAAAAAUAAGCUUAUGUCCCUUUUAACAUCCCCCCAUCAGCCUCCCCCUCCCCCCCCUGCCUCUGCCUCACCCUCUGCUGUUCCCAACGGCCCCCAGUCUCCCAAGCAGCAAAAGGAACCCCUCUCCCAUCGCUUCAACGAGUUCAUGGUCUCCAAACCCAAAAUCCACUGCUUCAGGAGCCUAAAGCGUGGGACUCAGUCUUUCUGUUUUCACAAAGAACUCAUGAAGAGGACGAUAGGGAAACCCACGUAUGCUUUUGAAGCUAGGGACUAUGUUCUUUCUCUCAAGCUGGGUGCGACGCCUGAGGAUUUCAGCAACCUCCCGCCGGAGCAGAGAAGGAAGAAGCUGCAGCAGAAAGUCGAUGAAUUAAAUAAAGAAAUUCAGAAGGAGAUGGAUCAGAGAGAUGCCAUCACAAAAAUGAAAGAUGUUUACCUAAAGAAUCCUCAGAUGGGAGACCCUGCCAGUCUGGAUCACAAAUUAACCGAAGUGAGCCAAAAUAUAGAAAAACUGCGACUAGAAGCCCAGAAAUUUGAGGCCUGGCUGGCGGAGGUGGAGGGCAGGCUGCCGGCCCGCAGCGAGCAGGCCCGCCGGCAGAGUGGAAUGUUCGACGCCCAGAACCCGGCCACGGUCAACAGCUGCGCCCAGGACCGCGAGAGCAGCCCGGAUGGCAGUUACACGGAGGAGCAGAGUCAGGAGGGUGAGGGGAAGGUGCUGGCCACGGACUUCGACGACGAGUUUGACGAGGAAGAGCCCCUGCCCGCCAUCGGGACCUGCAAAGCCCUCUACACAUUCGAAGGUCAGAAUGAAGGGACCAUCUCCGUGGCUGAGGGAGAAACGCUGUACGUGAUCGAGGAAGACAAAGGUGACGGCUGGACACGCAUUCGGAGAAACGAAGACGAAGAGGGUUACGUCCCCACCUCGUACGUCGAAGUCUAUUUGGACAAAAAUGCCAAAGGUGCUAAGACUUAUAUUUAAUACAACUUAAAAAAAAAAAAAAAAACCUGUAAAAAAAAAAAAUUGGAGUUGUCUGUCCCCACAACUAUGACUGUUCCGGGCGGUUCUUCCAAAGCCGGAGGACCCCGGAGUGCGAGCUGCCCCGUGGCCACGUGGUGGGCUGGUGGGCGCUCGGCACCCGAAUUUCCUUGGCCGGUGUUGACUAGAAAACGUUUCACUUGCUCGUGGAAUAGGACACAGAAAGCUGCCAACUGCCAGUUUACAAUUUUGUCAUUUGAACUCAGAUAAACAGUUCUUCCUCUGGCAGUAUCUGUAGGUAUCCAAAAAAAAGAAAAAAGUUGCCUUCUCGCUUCCAAUUGCUAUUUCUGAAUUUUUAAAAGUUCACACACAUCAGCAGGGUGGGUAAGACUCCCGUUCUGUUUCUCUCUCGCAACUGCGGUGAGCGCAACCCCCUUAGGAUGUUACGUUUAAACUUGAGCCACACUGGUUAGUUUGGUCUUACAAUCAUUUGCUUUGGAGGAAGUCAUCAAUAAAACCUCCCCCUCCUCGAGGAAAGAAUAAGACGAGUCCUAAAUUGGUACUAAAUGUGUGUAUUUUUCCUUCAACGUGUUUAAGAUCAUUGGUAGAUGGUCGUGUUUUCCUCUCCCGUCUGCAUGAUCCCAGACAACCAGCUGAAAACUGGAAAAGCUUGGUUAGCGGUUAACCAGUAGACUUGUACACGAGGCCCUGAGCUGCCCGCUGCCCUUGACAGAGACGAUCAGAUGCCCUAGUGCUGUUUUGGUGACUGACCAAAAACCCAGCGUGCUUCUGCCGGAGCUUUCUACACACAGACCUCCCCCUCCCUGGAGGACUGGAGGCUCACUGCUUUUGCAGACGUGUUUUGGGUCGGUUGGUUUGUUUUUUUAAUCCUUGGCAUCUUUAAGACCCAAAAUAUGAAUUUACUGAAAAAUCAUUUUAGAAUUGCUUGCUCGUUUUAUUUUACAUAAUGAACCAUAACCAGACUAAAAUAUUUCACCGUCUUGAAAGGGAUCUGGGUGGGAUUUGCAUUUUUUUAAAUCGGCAGCAGCGUAGGUAGUAAAAUCGACCACAGGUGUGCCCCGCCCCAGCUGUGCGCCCAUUUUGAGAAUUUACCAUGCGGUCCUAGAGAACCAGCUAGCUAUGAAGGGCUCACGACCGAGAGGUCAGGUUCUGAUUUUAUUUGGCUUUGAGAAUUACUUAUUUUUGUCCUUCCUACUUUUAAAUAGGAAAUUAGCUCCUUGCUUUUACACUGUGAGCUCCUUUUAUAAGCGCAAAUCGAUUUAAAGUUGAUUCUACAAAAAAAAAAAAAAAAAAAGCGGAUUUUAAAAACAACAGCAGGGGUCCCGCUGUUACCGGUUCUUGUGGAUUCUGUCAGAAAGUUUUCCUCAUUUCCCCAGGACCACCAGAAUGGAACUUCAUGAACGUUCAUGACAGCCUGAUUUUUAAUACACGGUCUGUUGUUAAAUACUGAUUGGUUGCCAGGAAGUUGCAAAGACCGUACAGAGCCGUCCCGUGUACCCUGCGGCAGGUGGCCCCCAGUGGUGGCUUCUGAGGGACCUGCAGUACAAAGGCCCAAAGCGGGAAACGGACAUUGGUCAGCCCGCUUUUUUAAAAUAUCAUUUUGUGAUUCUGGUUUCUUUUGCCUUGUUCUGCCUUUACUGACAUAUUAUCGAUAAAGCCAUUCACCCCGGACCCCAGGCCCCUCAAGAAAAUUUGUUUCUGUUCCCCUUUGUGAGUAUUUGCCACAAGGAGCUCGGCUGACCCUGCUGAGGCCGCGGGGUUCCUCCUCUUCAUGAGCUGGAGGAGGUGACAGCGCUGGGCAUGGACCCAGGCGAACAGGGGACCUCAGCUUUUAAAACCAGAGCGUUCUGUCUAAUGAUGGGACCCGGUGCCAGCCCGUGAACUGCUACAGGAAGUGAACCAAACACUGACAAAGUCUUAAAAUGGCCAAGAGGACCAGAGCCUUUGGAAGCCUCCCUUGGAAAGUAUUGCAUUCCAUGACGUUGUUGUGGGUUUAUUUAUUUAGGUGUUUUGUUUUUUUUUUUCUUAACAGUUGUGCAAAUUUGAUUCAGAAAACGGCUCAGUUGGUUUGUAGGGCCAGGGGUGGGGGUGGGGUGUUGAUUUGGGGCGCAUAAUUGAAUACUUGUGAUGUUAAGUUGUGUGCCCCAGGCCCUUAGCACAGGCAGCUGCGGACGAGGGAUGGAACAGUGCCUCGGUGCCAGCCGGUCAACACACCAAGUAUUAGAAGUCCUGAAACUACUCCCAAAGAAUCAGAAUUCCCAUUUCUGCCCAGAAUAUGCUUGGGUAUUUUUCAACCCCCUCCCACCACCCCUGGUUAUCUGCUAAAAUGAAAGAAGCCAAGUCUCGGCUUGUGGGUAAAGUUUUCUCCUUUUAUUUUAGAGACGCAUUUCGAGGUUCCUUGUAUAGGCAUAGAAGCCUGUCUUCCCCACGGGUUUCUAAGCUUGCGGGCACCCCCAAGAACGCUGCCUCCCACCAGACCCCUCCCAGCCCGAGGGGCUGCUGCUUCCUCAUGCCCAGAACUCAAAGCACUUGUGUGUGUGUGAGUGUGUGUGUGUUGUCUACAAUGUGACUAUUUAAUAAUUGCCAAAAUAUUUAGACUAGAGGAACGUCCAGUGGUCAGUUGGAUCGCGACUCUCUUCUUUGAUGGUUCAGUUUGGUUUUUUAAGUUGCUUUCUGUUAAAUAUGUCCGAAAUCCCCCCGCCCGCCCGCCCCCCAUAUAUUUGUAUAUACUGCCGUUUAAAAACUAAAAGGAUGACUUGAAUUCCUUGUUUUAACGUUUGACUCUCUUGUCUGUUUGUUUUAUUGGUGAUUCUGCUGCCUAAUGACCGUUUUUGUUUUGUAACCGCUGGGGAGGCCGGAAGGACUAGGUCCCCCGCCGGCUGCUCAGCCUUGACUUUAUUGUAGACACUUGUGUUCUGAGUAAGUUUUGCUCCACCGCGGCCAACAUGGUUGUCUCUCUCUCUCCUCACCCUGAAAGAAACGAAUCUGUCUGGCUCCUCCUGGUUGUACCCUCGGUAUCUGCCUCUCUAAUAAACGUAUUUUUCUCA